UAACUUAUUCGUGCGUGUGUGUGGGCGAGUGCAUUGACCCCCUCUUUUUUCCUUUGUUUACUUAGUAUCACCCGAGUAUACAGCAUAUACCGAGGUAUCCGAAUUAACCGACGCAGCAUCACAUCGGCCACGAAUCAAAAGAAAUACCAAGAAAAACAUGUGGUCAUCGUCAUCAUCAUCUGCAGCGCCAUCAACACCUGAGGUCUCGUGCGACCUGCAUGAAAUCAAAUCCCAGAUGCAAAACUUUGUCGUACCUACUGAUUGGUACCCUACUGGGUCCCAAGCGCCCUGUUUCGACCAUGAAAGCAUCGCCUCAAUAAACGCACAGAAACUCGUAGGUCAUUUAAAAGAAGGCAUUUCUCGAUUCGAAUACCUGAUACAUUUGGAAGAGCAAAAGAUUGAAUCAAACAAAGCAGAGAUCACAGAAUACAUGGAGAAGCUUAAGUACCUCGACGCUCAAACUGAACGCGUCAAUGCAGCCGUCACUUUUGGACGACUCGAUGGCGUUAUAAAUUUGAAAUCCAUGUUGAAAGAAACUGAUGAUCGAGUCCCUCAACUUCAAGUUCUACGAGAGCAGCAUGAGCGGAUCACGACGUCGAUUGAAGGAUUUAGCAAGAGCAUGAGUAUGGCGGAUCGGCUCGAGAUCCUGCAAGCGCAAGCUCGUACGACCACACGGACCGAAGCCGUAUGGGCCCGAGUCCGGCACUGGGGCCCGUUCAUCACCAUUGUCACAUUAUCCAUGAUCUUUGUCCUGCUGGCGACUCUUCGAUAAUAGACAUUUUGAAACUCUCUUCCCAAAUCUCUAAUCUCUUUCCAGACCCACCUUUUGAUACCUAUAAUACACCCCCGUCACCUUGCGUAUAUACCCGGGCCCUUCGCCUCAGAUACACCCUCAUCCUCACCCAUUUCUGACACAUAACAAGCAUUCUUUCAUAUGUACAC